AUGGCGAUUCCUCCGCUGAAACCGACCCCCGCAGUCGCCGCCGCGUCGCUGCUGCUGCUCCUCCUCGGCGUCGCCGCCGCUCGGGCCGCGCCGGACACGACGGUGAAGCAGGUGUUGUGCAAUGGCGACGGCUACACGGCCGGCGACCCCUUCGCCGCCAGCGUGGCGUACGUCGCGGCGGACCUGGAGGCGGCGACGCCGGCCCGGGAGGGCUACGGCUACGCCAACAUCUCGCCGUACCCGAACGCGUUCGCCUACGGCCACGCCACGUGCGGCCGGAACCUGACCCGGGCCGACUGCGGGACGUGCCUGGGAGCGGCGAAGGACGCGAUGCUGGGGGGUUGCGCGAGCCGGAUCGGAGCUCGGGCGGUGCUGGCGGACUGCGGGAUGAGGUACGAGCAGUACCCUUUCAAUGAUUGA